AGGAGCCGUGCGGGCUUCCUGGCGGGGCAGCGCUGGCGGCAGGCGGGUGUCGCGGCGUGGGCAGGUCCGUGAGAACUUCGCCGAGUCUGCCCUGGGCCGAGGCGCGCCCCUGUCCGUGAGACGGCAGCCGCCGCCCGCUCGGCAUGGCCGGCCGCCUCGGCCGCGGGAUGUGCUGGGGCAAGCGGAGCCGGGGCUGCCGGGGCGAAGGCGCGCUGCUCGCCCUGGGGCUGCUGGCCGCCCUCGGCUUCCUCGUGUGGCGGCACGGCCCGCCGCCCCGGCACGCCGCCCGCCGCGCCCCGCCGCAGCCGCCGUCCCAUGACCCCGAGCUGCUGCGGCGGCCGGUGUACGCCAAGCCGGCCCUGGACCCGGGGGCGCUGGGCGAGCUGGGCCGGGCGGUGCGGCUGGAGCUGAGCCCGGCCGAGAAGCGCCGCCAGGAGGAGAGCAUCCGCCGGCACCAGAUCAACAUCUACCUGAGCGACCGCAUCUCGCUGCACCGCCGCCUGCCCGAGCGCUGGCACCCGCUAUGCAGAGAGAAGAAAUAUGAUUAUUAUAGCCUGCCAAAAACCUCUGUUGUGAUAGCUUUUUAUAACGAGGCUUGGUCAACGCUUCUGCGAACUGUUCACAGUGUUCUUGAGACGUCUCCGGAUAUACUUUUGGAAGAAAUCAUCCUUGUAGAUGAUUACAGUGACAAAGAACAUUUAAAGGAGACUUUGGAAAACUACGUGGCUGGCCUGCGCAAGGUGCGUCUUAUCCGUGCAAAUAAGCGAGAGGGGCUGGUUCGAGCCCGGCUGCUGGGGGCGUCUGUGGCAAAAGGAGACAUCCUAACGUUCUUGGAUUGCCACUGUGAAUGCCACGAGGGCUGGCUGGAGCCACUGCUGGCAAGGAUUGCUGAAGAAGAAACAGCUGUUGUCUGCCCUGUUAUUGAUGUUAUUGACUGGAAUACAUUUGAGUACUUGGGAAAUGCUGGUGAGCCACAGAUUGGUGGAUUUGACUGGCGGCUGGUCUUCACUUGGCAUAGUACUCCUGAAAGAGAACAAAAACGGAGGAAGUCCAAGACCGACGUGAUCAGGUCUCCAACCAUGGCAGGUGGAUUAUUUUCUGUGAGCAAGAAAUAUUUUGAUUAUCUUGGUUCCUAUGACACAGGAAUGGAAGUCUGGGGAGGAGAAAACCUUGAAUUCUCAUUUAGGAUAUGGCAGUGUGGAGGAAGUCUUGAGAUCCAUCCUUGCUCCCAUGUAGGUCACGUUUUCCCCAAACAAGCUCCGUACUCACGGUCCAAAGCUCUGGCAAACAGCGUGCGUGCAGCUGAAGUGUGGAUGGAUGAAUAUAAACAACUUUAUUACCACCGAAACCCACAUGCUCGCCUGGAACCAUAUGGAGAUGUGACAGAAAGGAGACUUCUACGAGAGAAGCUGAAAUGUAAGGACUUCAAAUGGUUUUUGGAGAACGUGUAUCCAGAACUUCACGUACCUGAGGACAGACCAGGCUUCUUUGGAAUGCUGAAGAAUAGAGGAAUGGAAAACUUCUGCUUUGAUUAUAACCCUACGAAUGAACAUCAAGUAACUGGACAGAGGGUCAUACUCUACCCAUGCCAUGGCAUGGGACAAAAUCAGUUUUUCGAGUACACAUCCCAUAACGAAAUACGUUACAACACACGACAACCGGAAGUCUGCGCAGCAGUCGAUUCGGGGACUGACUACUUGACGAUGUACUUGUGUCAAGAAAAUGCCCACAGUGUUCCUGAAAACCAGAAGUUUAUUUUCAGAGAGGACGGUACCUUGUUUCACCCACAAACCCAGAAGUGCAUACAAGCCGAGGCAAACGCUCACAAUGGGAACCCAGCACCAGUGUUACGACCUUGUACCAACUCGGACUACCAAAAAUGGUUCUUCAAAGAAAGAAGUUGAUACAGAUGUUGUCUAGGAUAAUGCUGAAUACAAAGAAAAAUGUUCUCUUUCUAGUCAGCAGUUAGUCAGCCUUUUGAGAAUCUCAUAAGUGAUAUAUUUUUGUAUGGAAAGAACUGUAAUUAGUUGACAAGCCUUGGAUCUCGUUUCCUGGAGCUUUAGAAGGCACUAAGUAUUGAGAGCUUCAUAAAGUGCCACAGAAUCUGCUCCUUUUCUCUUUAUUUGGCAGCUACAUAACUACUUCUGAAGUGUCUUAGGUUCUUUUCACAAGUGACAAUAUUUUUUUUUAAUCUACUGUGUGGAAGUAAGGCAGUCAAAAUAAUUGCACUAAUGUUAAUCUGCCAAUAACUUAAAAUGUUUAUUUUUCUACUAAAACAUUCUGUAGUUGGGUUUUUUAACAGAUAGUAGUUAAUAAUUAUUCUCAUCUUUUAAAUACCAAGAAGGUAAAUGUAGGCCAUAUUCUGCCCUAAGAGACUCACACAAAGCCCUCACUGAAGACAGUGUGGGUUUACACAUAAAGGCAGAGUAUGUCUGCAUGUUUUUGCACAAAUAACAAUCUAGAUGCAUACAGAUUGCACAUGCUUGACAAUACUAUACCUUAUAUGUUCUGACAAUUUUAGAUGUUCAUGGCACUUGACAAGUUUCUCAUCAUGCUUAAGAUUGGAUUGGGAGUAAAAUGGGGACUUUCUCAUCUUUCUUAAAGGCAGAAAGCAACAAUAUUUAAAGGUGAUGCUUUGGGAAAAGCUAUUUAGAUUUAUAUGGGCCCAGCUAUGUGGCUGUGUCCUAGGAUGCACAACCAACUUUAACAUUAUGUGGAUUUUCAGUGUGCAUAAUACUUUCAAGAUAAGACCUACCAAUAAUUCUUUUGUAAAAAUUUCAAAAUUAUAGUUAGAGAAAAUGAAUCCUAAAAUUGAAGUGUUUAAAUAAUUCAUGUAAAAAUGAUUAUAUUUUAAAAACAGUUUUGCAAGUGAUUUCUGUGAAAUGCAGCUAGGAUUAAUACAAAAGGGAUUGUCUUUGGGGUAUAACUUGCAUUUUGUCUGGGAACACCUUUUAGAUGAGCUGACCCUGCAUAUGGUCCUGUUGAAAACAAAAUAAUCUGCACCAGCACAGGAUAGUUUGUGCCCUGGAGUGUGGGAUCCGCCUUGCCCAAUCAGACAAGGAGUGUGCAUAUCGAAAUGAUCUGGCCAUUGACUAUCAGCACUACCAUGUUGAUUAGAAGGGUUUCAGCUCGUAAGAAGAGUUUCUUCCUCUGUCAGAUGAAGGAAUGCUUAUGUGUAGAAGGAUGAAAAUUUCAACUUUUUUCCCCUCAGAAGUCUUGGCAUCUGUUUUGAUUAGUUUGGUAUGUGUUUUGUAAUUUGCUCUUGUUCAUGCUUUCUAUAAAAAUGUACAGCCUUUUCUUUGAAUCCCCAUAAGCUCAUGCCAUUUUGGCAUACUUAUUUAUAUGAUUGGGGUGUGGAGGGAGGGUUUCUGCCUGUAGGAGAUACAUGUAUGGGGUCUUCCGAGGUCUUCCUUACCCAUGUAGAUAGAAUGUUUUUGUGAGCACCUUUGAAGUUUUGUCUCUGUGGGCUGGACUGAUGAAACUGAUGUUAGAAUUAAUAAAAUAUUUUGUGAUUAAGUAGAGUGGGAAAUGUCUUAUCAACUAUUUUUCUCUUCUUGUGGUCAGUGGUUUUCAUGUAACCAUUUUGCUGAUGAUCUUAGACCCAGAUCCCUACAGCUCUUGGGAAAGGACAGCUUUAUUUUACGGUGCCUUAAGUUCUGUUUCCUGAACUGAGUAAUGCUUCUGUUCACCUGGAUAGCAGCAGUAGUUUACACUUUGUGGAGCCACAAAUCAAAAGUGGGUGGCUGCAUGAGAGAUCAGCAAGGAUUUUCUCUUAAUUUCUGCUUUGCCUCCUUGACUGCUGAUUGAACAAUAUUAGUAGCUGAUAAAAGCCCUCCUACUAGAUUCAUAGCUAAAGCUCUCACCUCCAUUCUCAGGGAAGUUUUCUUAGUCUUGGGAUUUCAAGAUUUUAUCAUCAGAUGGUGGUAUUCAAGUGAAACUUAGUAACUGGAGAUUAUUUUCUAUACAUCUUUUCACUUUGCCCAUGUUUAGAGGGAAAUAUUGAUGUUUUUGGCUUCCUGCAGAUAAGAUGUUUUCACAUAUCCCAGCAAACCUGCUAGCCUGGGUUGCAUGUUUGCUGGACAAACACACUUGAGUUCAAAAGCAAACACCAAGCAAUAGCAAUGCCACCAGCUUGGUCCCUCUGUGUUGGCCUUUUAGUCCCUCUAUUUACCAUUUUUAUGCCUUGAUAGCCUUUUCUUCUUCUCAACUCACUGGAAUUGUAUUAAUGCCUGUCUUCAAAUUUGGAGGGUGAAGGACUCUUAUCAAGCAUCUGAGUCAUGAUGCACAUCUUCAGACUUCCUUUAACAUCUCCAGACUUCCUUUUGCAAGAGCUUGGGGCUACCUACUGAGGAACGGAAUGUGGACUUUGGACUUCUCCUGAGCAGAGAUGGGGUUGGAUGUCUCAUAAAAAUGGAAAAAUUGGAGGAUUUCAGUCACAAAUCAAUGCUUAUUUCUUAGUCUUUCUAUUACUGAAUUUAUUUAUUUAUUUUUUAGAAAGCCAUCCAGACAAUAGAUAGGUGCCUAAUUAUCAUAUUUAUUUGAAAUUAUCAAGUAAUUUUUUUUUUUUUUUUUUUCAUUUAUUCACUCACCAAUUUCCUCUCAUUUAAAAAUUGUGGGUCUUCAGCGUGGUCUAAAACUUACUGGAUUUUCACUUCAACAGAAAACAGUUCACAAACCUUCCUUCUAAGAAAUAAACCACUAAAACCUCUCUAUAUGCGGGACUGACUGAACCAUUAUGUUGGGGUAUUGUUAGAGCUUGCACAAACACCUCGGAACAAGAGUCAUCAUCGUACAUGCAUCAGUCAACGUGAAUUGGAAAGAGUAUUUCUUGCUGGCUCUGCUGAAAACAGAGACUCAAAACUGUGCUCAGUUUUUGUUAUAUUUAUAGGAAGUGGUAAGAUGCACGGCAAGGGGAAAUUCAUGUUGGCUGAUAACACCAGGACUGAUGAGAUUGUGCUCCUAUUUCCUGUUUAUGAAAACAUGGGCACUCACACAGUGAUAGUGCUUGGUUGGUAAUUUAAAAUCUGAUGCUCUUUUAGCUUCACUUGCCUCUCUUAAGGCCUUUAGAUUUGGAGAUUUAACUUGAAGUUAGUUGAUCUUUGUCCUGAUACCCUGAUACAAAGACAUAACAAGUGUCUGAAGAGACUGUAGGGUUAGGAUCAUGCAGUUGUGUGUAUACUCUUGCAACUAAGCAGGUUUUUUGGCAGUGUUUGAGAAUGCCGUAUACUCUUGUAACAAAUAUGGAACUUUGUGCUAGCUGAGGUAGGUGGGAAAGCCCUUGGGAGGGGGGAAAAGAUUGAUAGGAGAGCUCUCCCUGUUCUGUUGAGGUGCAACAACAAUAGCUGAAUUUGAAUUAAAGCACUGCAGUAAUUCUUACAUUUCUCAUUUACAGAGGAAAAAUAUGCACGUACAUGCAGUACUAAAAAUACUAUGCCUAGAUUAACAGUUUUCAGUUUAUAUUUUUUUAAUCCACUAUUCACUGAUAUUUUUAUGAAUAGACAAAGCCUAAUUAGACCAGUCCCAGUCAGCGCUGACAGGAAUUGCAUGGCUCCAGGAUUUGCAAAGGUGACUGGAGGCAAAAACAGGGCAGGACCUUCUCAGCAAUUUCUCCAAAAGUAGGAAGAAGAUGAAUAUACAGGAAAAUACAUAGAGGAAGUGAGUUGCUGGCUUAAGUAAGCUGCAUGGCAUAUUUUGUGUAACAUCAAACCAUCUCCCAGAGUGGGAGAGGACUUGCAGCAGAUGCAAUUUAUUUGUUGGUGAUAAGGGAAAAAUCAGUUUUCUGAGUUUCUUGACUUUAUCCAUGGUCUGAAGAUACUUAACUUGCAACUGAAGAAAAAGUGGUCAAGGGAAUCAUACCAGUACAGAUGCUUAAAUGUGAAAUUAAUUAAUUAGAUACUCUGUGAUGAGCAAAUAUAAAUAGAUAAAGAACAAAAUUGUUAAUUGCGCAUACACUGUGAGAAGACUUAGUAAUAACUGAGAAAUUGGAAGCGAUCAUUAGCGGGAAGAUACUUGACAGUGUUUUUACAGAAAUAUAUGGUUGAAGGAUUCACAUGAUUGAAGCACUGAAAUGACUGGGUAACAUGCCAGGAAGAAAGUGACAUUUGAUUUUUGAGUUAAGAGAACAGGUUUUACAAUUCUUGUGAACUGAUAUUUUAGCCAACAAGGAAUAAACAGAGGGUGUCUGAUGUGGACCACCACAUGAAAUUUUAAAGCCUUUUUGCCUAACAUAAAGGAUGUGUACUGCUUCAGAGGAUUUCAUGCUAGGGAAUGCACUUUACCAAUUUGACAGUAGCAAAACAUUCUGGGGAUUUCUAAAAGUAAAAUAAAGGCAGCCAGGCUAGUGUCUGUGUCUGACACAACCUUUAAUAAGCAGUUUGGUGCAAUUCUCCUUUAGGCCUCCUUUUAUUUAAAAUGAGCUGUUACCUGGGCAUCUGUUAUGCGUAAACACAGUGUAGUACCUAAGAAAGAAGAAAUUUCUCAGUGCUGAGAAUUGGAAAGAAGCAGGCUUUACAAAAUAUAACUGUAGCAUAGAAUCAUGUUGAAAACAUAUGUGGAGAACGUGAAACUUUCUAUCAGAUUGCAAAUUAAAUACUUAGGUGCCAGAAAUAAAGGUCUUUGUGAAAUCAAAAGUUGG